CCUAUGUUUAAACUGCAACCUUAGCUUCUGUGUUCUUUUUCUUCUUUACUUUUUGCUCCCUUCAAGCCAUCAAACUCUGUAUAUCGGCUAAAGCAACCAAUCAUAACCUAAUGCAUUGAAAGCACUGUUUUGGCGAGAAAGUUUUACGUUGAAAGCCGCUUGAUGUUCCAGAACAUGUCCCGAGGGACAAAUAUGAUUCAGACGAAGCUGAAAUCAGGCAGAUCAAAGACGGAGCGUGGCGGUGGAAGUUACUUGGAAGAGAAGGCAAACGUCAAUGAAGAGUACAAGGAAGUUUUUAGAACAAAGUCUUAUCUAGAAACGUGGACAAAAGUUCACGGCCAGUUGGAAAAUACUAGCUUUGAUAGACUUUCUCCAUCAUCUUCGAUCCCUAAUCACCGUAUAAAUCUUUCCGAGUACCUUCUUCAACCAAAGCAAGAAACGUUAGACAAGAUCGAGAGCUUGAAUUUUCAUCACCUUAUUCUAGACUAUUUCGAAGCUGGUUUAGAAGGUAGUAAUUUAUGUGAAUCACUCCUACGAAGCAUCCAUCAGGCCCGUGUUUAUUAUCGGAAAAUUAGAAGGGUGAUAAAGAUAAGCAAGCGGAUUGAUCAAGACUUUUCAGAUGACAAAUGCAGCGUAAUAUUCAAGGAGCUGGCGGGUUUUGCCUUGCUUAAAAAUCCAUUUUCGAUCAUUAGUCCAGUGCAGCUCCGGGAUUUUCAUGAAAGUAACCUGGAUUUGUUCCACAAGUUAACAUCCAGACGCGAAAAGCUAAAACGGCAAGCAAAAUUCAAGAGAAUCUCCAAACAGAUUGGCAGCAUUUGUCUAGUGAUUUCUCACACUGCUUUUAUAAUUGCUUUGCUGGUACUUGCAUUCCACGGCAUGAUUGGGAUUAUAGCAGCACCAGGGCUUGCAGCCUGCUUCUUUGGCAUGAGGUUGAAGAAGAAGAAGAAGAAAAGCAGGUCACAAUCUAAUUAUCAGCAAGGGCUUGAAAGACUCUGUGCGCAGCUUGAUAUCUCGGCGAAAGGGGUUUACAUUUUGAUCAACGAUUUCGAUACCAUAAGUAGACUGGUAUGGAGACUACACGAUGAGAUAGAACACCGUAAAGCUAUAGCUGAUAUGUGCAUUAGAAAUGGGAAAAUCGAGGUAGUGAAGGAGGUGGUAAGAGAAUUAUGUAUGCACGAUUCAAGCUUCUUGGAGCAGCUGAAAGAGCUAGAGGAACAUACUAAAUUAUGUUUUCACACAAUUAACAGAUCGAGAAAGCUGGUUAUACAAGAAAUAGUUGAUGCGCAGCCAUUGUAUUAGAGAGCAAUAUGAGAAAUCUCUUCUUUUUUUCUUUUUUUUUUUGUCUUUGCUUGUAGAGCUUAGUGUCACUUCGAUGGUUCCUGGGUUAAAGAAAUGCUGAAAUUGUUUGUCUUUUGUAAAUAUGCAGGAGCCUGUCCCCAAUUAUGCCUAUGGCUAUAUGCUUUUGUGAGAAUAACAUCAUAUGCAUGUCAUGGAGAUGUUCGUAAAACCAUUUUAGUUGUCUUUGAAUUAUUCAGAUGAAGAAAUAAAAAAAAGAAAGUGGUGAUCUGAUCUCUUUUGGAAAUAUACAGCCGUUUUUGUUUUGUA